AUGACAGACAAAAGUGUAAAGAAACGUUAUAUUGAUGGAUUAGAUAAAGAUAUAAGGGAAAGAUAUGAGCAAAAGUGCAAUUUGAUCGGUGGAAAUGAUCCGUACUGGUGCUGUACGGUACCGUACGUAACGGAACGGAAGAUAGCCACACCGUGUACGAUUUAUGGGAAAAAGUUAUGGUGUUUCAGUCAGGAAGGCGGUAGCCUCACCAGAGUGCCUGAAUCUACUCUUAGAGAUAGAACUUUAGGGAAUGUGCAUCCAGAUACCACUUCUGCUGGAACUGCACCUCUAUUUGAUCAAUUUCAAGAAGUUAAACUUGUAAAUCACUUUAAAAAGAUGGCUGCAUUUGGAUAUGGGUACACCAGACAAGAAUGUGUGGACAUAGCAAGUGAUUUUGCUGUACAGUUGGGUAAACGGCGAAAAGAUAAACCAUUGACAAUGAAAUGGAUGCGUGGUUUUUUAAAGCGUUGGCCCGAACUGAAAGUACUUAAGCCAAAGGGUCUUGAAUUUUCUAGGGCCAAAAUGGCCUCAAAAGAAGUAGUUUUCAACUAUUUUUCUAACCUGAAAUCUACCUUGGAAAAACACAAUUUGGCUAACAAACCCCACCUGAUUUUCAAUGUCGACGAAAAGGGCAUUUCUGUGGAGCAUAAACCACCUUACAUUGUUGCUGGCUCUUCUUAUACUCCAUCAGCUGUCACUUCUGGUAAAGGAAAGACUGUCACCAUUUUGGGUUGUGGGAGUGCUGCAGGACAAGCUAUCCCUCCUUACUUGGUCUUCCCCGGACAGCGCAUGAGAGAAGAACUGUUACACGGAGCUUCUCCUGGAGCUGAUGGCACCAUCAGUGAAUCUGGGUGGUCAAACUCAUCCAUUUUCAGACACUACAUUGAAAAUCAUUUCUUGAAAUUUGCUCCUGGUCAUAAUGGACAGAAGAUUCUUCUUAUACUUGAUGGCCACAAGUCUCAUGUCAGCGUUGGUUUGUCUGAAUGGGCUCUUCAGUAUGGAAUCAUCAUCUUCAUUCUUCCUCCCCACUGCAGCCACAUUUUACAACCAAUGGAUGUUGGAUGUUUUGGACCCUUUCAAAGAAUUUAUGAUGCACAAUGCCACAAACUAAUCAGACAGUCAUCAACAAUCAUUACUCGAUACAAUAUCUGUGAAGUUGCUUGUCAGGUGUACACUAAAGCCCUCUCAUCUGAAAACAUUCAGUCAUCUUUUCGCCGCUCUGGUAUCUACCCUUUCAGUGUUGAUGCAGUUCCAAAGGAGAAGCUAUUGCCAGCUGAAGUUUUUCAGAGUGAGAGUACUGACGCAAUAAAUGAUGCUGACAGCCAAGAAACAGUGGAAGGUGGAAUUAUGGUUGAUCAGUUGAGAACUGAAGAGGACACUAUUACAGACCUAUUUGAAAAGAAAGAAAAUGAUCUGAAGAAGGUCAAAAGUGAACAUAAAAGCAAACAAAGGAAAACAAUGAGUAAAAUAGUGGCUGGAAAAGAAAUUACUGAGGAAUAG